ACAGCUGUGUCCGGGAGUUGCCAUGGUGCCGGCAAUUACCAGCAAUUAUUAUAUACACAUUUUAUUGACUGAAAAACACCAAAACUCAAAGAAACAAUAUAAACCGAAAUAUGGAAAUAUAUUCUAUUAUUUUUGAGUCGUAAUAGUGGUGAGAAUCAUUGACUCUAGUACAGCGGCGUCGGCACAUCAAAACCCUCGACAUCCCUAGCCACGACUCGACAAAUUUAUGCGCAAAAAAAGUGAAAAAGCGGAAAAGAAACGAAAGAAUUUAUGCACACUUGUACGUGAAUCUCAUUUAACAAUAAUUAUAACAAAGAGCAUUCGAGUGUAAACGGCAGAAUACGAUUCCACAUAAUAUGUAGACAUCAAAGAGCAUAAAGUGGCAGUGUUUUAACUAUGAAAAACUACAAAAAUAAAAAGAAACUUCCGCAGACGUCAGCAGAGGCGCAGCAGAAGAGAUAGACAGCGACAAAGCGGCUGGGCAUAGAGGAGCCAACGAGUACCGUUGUUGCUGGACGACGACUCACGCAAAUUGGCCUUUAAAUAUAAUAAUAACUAAAUAAAUCUCAGACAAACGAGACUGUAAUUGUGGGGCGGCAACGUGUGCCGUUGUCAUGCAUUUUGUCACACAGCAGCGCCAACAGCAGCAGCAGCACCACCAACAACAACAACAGCAGCAGAGAUCCACCUCAUCCUCGAAUUCCUCAAUAGCAUCCACCUCAUCGGCACCGUCGGUCAGCGCCAGCACCCGCUUUGUGGCCCUGUGCAAAUCUUCCAGUCAAGGUGCCCUGCCCAAAACCUUGGCCACCGCUCAAAGCCUCUUUCGCCAGUCGUCACAUCACCACAACAACAACAACCACCACCACCACCACCAACGCCACAGUAGCUAUCAUAGCCAGCAGCACCAACAACAACACAACCAACAGAGGCACAAACGCACUGUCAGCCUGAACUCGACGCCCAUGAUUAAAGAUUUUGAUACUAUAACCAACCCAACAACAACAAAUGCCCGAACUGCCGAUAGUCCGUGCAGUAGUAAGCCCCCAGCCAAUGCCAAUGCCAACAUGUUAGCUGAGACACAGCACGAGUCACAGCCAGAGUCACAGUCACAGUCACAGUCACAGAUACAGACACCGCCACUGGCCAAACAAACGCCGGAGAGGUGCCAGGAGGAGCCGACUCCUCAGCAGCAGGAACAGCCGCAGGAGGAGGAGUAUCCGGAUCCGGAUCAGAGGAUCGGAGAAGACAGGCCUGAGGAGAGGGCGGCCCCGGCUUCUUGUAGCAACGGUGGCGACAGGCGCGAUUCCAUCACCGAGGAGAUCGUAAUUACAACAACUACAACAAACAGCAAACUUCUGACCAUCCAGGAGGCUGCCGGCAUCCUCGAGCACAGCAGCAUCUCCAUUUCGGCGUCUUCGAAACAGAACUCUUCCACAACAACAACCUCAACGGCAGCGGCGGUAUCCACAGCAGGAACUGUAGCAGCGGCCACUGUCGCCACAGCAGUCGCAGCGGCGGCAGCAGCCUCAGGAUCUCAGCAACGCAAUGAGCCGUCGGUUGCCUCCUCCUCGUCCAAUGGCAUCAACAGCGGCAGCAAUCCAAGCCUAGCCCAAGCCACUUCCAGCUCUAAUACGAAUUUGGCCCACAGCAGCAGCGGCAGCAACGUCCCUCAGACCUCAACGCCUACCAUCAAUAUUGUAGGAAGCGAUCAGGCCAGGGAUCAGCCACUGCAGUCACAGAGCGUCGACUCGAACGGACACGCCCAGGCAGGCGGCUCCUGCGGGGACAGUCCCAGCAGCCGUAAGAGCUCGACCAGCUCCAAGGGACGGGCCAGUCAACCCAAACUCUCCACAUCGAGCAGUGGACGAGAUGAGGACACCGCACAGAACAAGCUAAGCAACGAGCUGACGCUGCAUGAGUUGAGCAUUUUGCGCGUUGACCGAGCCACCGCCGAUCCACAGGUGAGCAGCAGCUCCAACUCCAACGAGAAGUCAGCCAAGCCCUCGAGGCUGUCGGAGCGGGCCAAAAAGAAGUCCUGGUACAACGUCAUUUAUCCCAACUACAAGUCCCGAGCCGGCGACUUUAAGAAGCUCUUCAAGGACGUGCCAAACGAUGAGCGACUGAUUGUGGAUUACUCGUGCGCCCUGCAACGGGAUAUAUUGGUCCAGGGCCGUCUGUAUGUCUCACAGAACUACGUUUGCUUCCAUGCCAACAUCUUCAGCUGGGAGACCUAUGUGAGCAUCAAGUGGAAGGAUGUGACGGCCAUAACCAAAGAGAAGACCGCCUUGGUGAUACCCAAUGCGAUAUCGAUAGCCACUAGCAAGGACAAGUACUUCUUUGCCACAUUCACAUCGCGCGACAAGUCCUUCUUGAUGCUCUUCCGUGUCUGGCAGAACACGUUGAUGAACAAGCAAUUCUCGCCGCAAGAGAUUUGGAAAUACGUCCACAACUGCUAUGGCGAAGAGCUUGGCCUGACCACCGACGACGAGGACUAUAUUGAUCCCACACUGCAUAAGGAUACGGAGACCGAUGUGGAGUUUCAAACCGCCAUUGAUGACGACCAAUCGAAUCAGUCGCAGCAACAACUACAGCAGCCCCAGCAGCGCCUAAGCGGCAACAGCAGUGCCAGCAGCGGCGGCAGCGGCCGGGCAGCAGAACCACGCAAAUCAAAAACGAAAUAUUUCUUCAACUCUUCAAAAUCUUCGAAUUCAGCCAACGCCUCGGCCAGUGGCUCGGACAACAACAAAGACAGUAACCGAAAGCUGAGCAAGAAGAUGAAACAGAAUGCCAAAGAGCUCACGCUGAGCUCCGUGAAGCCAGCGGAGCAGUCGGUGGGCGUCACCAUGAUGAAUUUACCCGGCAGCGCCGGCAGCAGCAACAGGAACAGCACAGAAAGUUCAGCCGCCACAGCAGCAGCAGCUUCGACUAACAAUACAAACAACAGCAGCAUCAGCCUGACGACCACAGCCAGUGGCAGUGAUAAGAAGAGCGCGGAAAAGAAGAUCAGUACGAGUUCCAACUCGGGAGCAGCAGCAGCAGCGGCGGCAGCAGCAGCAACAGCAGCCGCCGCCUCGCUAUCGGCCGCGGCAGAGGCUAAGCAAGUGGCAACGUUGGAAAGCAAGCGAAAGAUGAGCAAAAAUCAUCGGCAACGCGAAGCAGAAUUGGUCGGCAAGAAUGCCGAAGAGCAGGCACCCACAGAUGUCUCGGAUUCGUCCGAUUCCGAGGAGAAUAAUGUGCCAUUCGUGGCCACCACCGAGUGCACGUCGACGCACGAGGGCCGACAAAUUGUCCACACCAUUCUGCCCAUCAGCGUGGACACGCUAUUCAAUUUGCUGUUCACAAAAUCAAAAUUCGUAACGGACUUCCAUGCCAUGCGCAAAUCAACGGACUUGGUCAUGGGCGAAUGGACCAAGAACGAGGAGGGUCUCAGUGUGCGCGUUGUCAAUGUCACCGUACAAUUGGCCGCCUCUGUGGGACCCAAGACCUCAAAGGUAACCGAAUACCAGACGAUGAGGCCAUGCAGCAAGCCUGGGGAACUGUAUUCCAUAGACAUAAAUAGUGUUAAUGCAGGCAUUCCAUAUGCGGAUAGCUUCAGUGUGCUCAUACAUUUUUGUUUGGCCAGAACUGUCGAUGAUCACACCAUGCUGUCGAUUCAUACCCAAAUCAAGUAUAAGAAAUCGAUUUGGGGCGUUGUCAAGGGAUUCAUCGAGAAGAAUACGUGGGCGGGUGUUGAGGAUUUCUUUGGCGCUCAGUUGCAUGCCCUCCAGAGCGAGACGUGUAUACCGCCUGCCAAGGGCAAGGGACGGAGGCCGAGGCGUGGCAUAAAUCAACAAUCAACAACAACGAAAACAGCAACAGCAGGGACGACAGCUGUAGCAACAGACUCGACAGCUGUAACCGAAACAGGAACAGCCACCAGCACGGACAAUGACAGCAUACGAGAGCCAUCACGACAUCAUUACCAUCAUCAUCAUCAGUCGGAACAACAUGAGCAUCAUCAGCACCAGCACCUGCACAUGCACCACCAUCACCAUCAUCAUCACAGUACCUCCAGUAGCCAACAGCCACCGCAUCAGCAUCAGCAUCCGCACAAUCAAAGGCAGCCGCAUCAUCAUCAGCACUUGCAUCAUCAUCAUCAGCAUUCGCAGCAGCCACUGUGGCACCAUCGUAAGGCCAUAUUUCAGUCGAGUAAAGGUACCGCCACACAAAUACGCAGCUUGGAGGAAGCAGCUGGCGGCGGCAGCGGCACGGCACAAACUGGUAUUAGCGAUACACUGCUGGAGUCACAUUUACUGUCUGGUGGCGGCGUCGCCGGGUCGGGGUCCGUUGGGGCCGCCUCGGGACAUGCUCUGCUGCACGAGCACGGCAAGUUGCAACAGUUGUCGGGCCUGCAGCAGCAGCAUCACCACCAGCAACAGCAUUUGCAGAAGCACCUUGGCGGCGUCGAUCUCGGCGGCGUUGGCAGCCUGCCACUGGCCCUGGGCCAGGGACAGGGACACAGAUUCCUCAAACACAAGGGCUUGUCAUUGUUUGUUAUACUGUUGCUGUGCUUGAUGCUGGCAUUAAAUGUGAUAUUAUUACUUAAGCUCUGGAAGCUGGAGGAACGGAUUGACGUGGAUCUCAGUCGACGGGCGCGCUUCCCCAGUUUGGCGGCCUUAAAGGAACUUCCCAACACAAAUGAGGAAUGGCUGGAGCUGUUGCGUCAGCAGGAGCAAUCGCAUGAGGGCGAGCUGCGCAAAUGGCAGCAAGUGCUGCAAACUGCCAUCGAGUUGCUGAAAAAGGUGAGCAUUGUCUGCGAAAAGAUCUACAACGAUGACCAGCUGCGUCAGAGCAUUGAGUCGAUGUCAAUGCACACUGAAUUUUAAGCAUCUCAUUAAAAUGUGAAAACAACUACAACAGCAACCACGACCACAGCAGCACACCAACAGCAGCAAACAGCAAGCGACAACUAAUUGUAACUGAAAACACUCAAACACUCACACACAAAACACACACACACACACCAAUACAUGUAUACAUGCAGUGCGUUUCAAAGCGAUAAGGCAGUUUUGGGAGUAGAUAAACCCAGAAAACAGUGUUUGCUCAGAGUUCUUCUAGGAAUUUUUGUUAUAUUUAUUGGCUCCAGCUAUCGUUCCUUAUAGUUUCCUUAUCACAUAAAAAUUCUCCUAAAACGCAUGGAAAUACCAUACCGCUCAGAGACUAGGGAUUACAAAUGUGGACUAUAAUUCCGUGCUUCAGUGGUCAAGCUUUCGGGCAAGAUUGCUGAAUUGCCGAAUGCUGCAGACACGAACUUGAAACCGAAACCUGGCGAACCGUGUAGGCGAUCCCGUAGACUAAGGGCGAAAUAUUGUUAGAGGAAGCUCCAGGCGAAAGGAUGAUGCCAAAAACUGUCGUCACCAGAAGCCGAAAGCGGAUGUGAUGCUUUCGCCAAAAGCUUUUGCACCGAGUAGGUGAUGCCGAAAACUGUCGCAACGAGUAGGACACGCCGAAGUUUGAUGGCGAGUAGAGGCAGCAGAAGAACAGCUGGAAACAGUUCAUUUUCUUUAGCUAGCCUUAUUCAAUUCAAUAAUAUCCUCAUAGCUUCCAUUCUGAUCAGAAAUUGACACAGUUCGAAGAUAGAUUCCCAUGAUGUAUUCGAAAGCAGUCACUUUGGCUUAGAUAUCCAUAUUUAAAUAGAUUAUAUCAUCCUUUACUACUUUAUAAGUCGUAUAUAUAAAACAGACAACUUUUUUGCGUACGAAAUCUCCACCUGCUCGAAAAUUCCGAGUGAAAUCUAAUUGAAAAUUGUUUGCCUUAACGUAGUGAAACGCACUGUACUAGCGGGCAUUUGUAACUGAUCUCUUAGUUAGAAAGACGUAAAAACUUAAACAAUAUUGUUGCAUGUUCUCCUUUUCUCUGUUCAAGAAGCGUUUACUCUGGUGCAGACUGAUGUGGAAACAUCGGCAACAUAAACCCAAUGAAUCUUCCACCUAAAUUGCAACCAGAGUAGACGACUCUUUAGCUCUAGGUUUUUGUAUUCCAUAGACCCAAAAAGAAACCCAAGGCGAACACAAUAUGUUAAAUGUUCGACUGAGACGCGAAUGAAAUGUAAUGCAUAAUCAAACCCCCAUUUUGUGCUGUCCAAAUCAAAUCAAACAAAAUUCACCAAAAUUCAGAAAUUCAAAAGUUCAGAAAGAUGAAAAAUGUAUCAAAAUUCUGAGACAAACUCACACUCAAAAUUCGUUAAUUUUUGUAAGUAAAUUUUGGUUUAUUUCUUAAAUGUUCUCCUCUGUUAAACCCUCUGGGAAUUCACUCUUUUACUUCUGCUACUAACCACGACUAACCCUUUUGUGUUCACUAAUCCUGUAAUUUGAUUAUUUCCGCAUGGAAUGAGAUUUAGGUUCUCCAUGCAUUUUUCUUCUAUUCUUUUAACCUGCUCACCCAAACGUUUUUGUUUUUCAGACUGAAAAAACUUUGGCUGAGGUCAUUGUACGCUAGCUGCAAAAAAAUAUCAAAGCAAAGCUAUGCUAAAUUUGUGGUGCAUCUAAAAUUAAUCCAAUCCAAUUGUCUUCGACACAAGCAAGCAAAAGACCCACAGCACAGUCUUGGGCCCAAAGCAAAGCCACCAAAAAAAAAACAAAAAUCUGAAAUUGAAUUUAAAAUUCAACUAAAAUUUAGUCACAAAUCCCCCCACACAUUCACCCACGAAACCCAUACCCAUACACAUGAAACACAUAUGAAAAUCCUCCCCGCAAAAUUCGGCAUUUCUACAUAUUUAUGUCCUAGUCUCUAAGUGAAGAAGAAAAUGUGUAAUUUAAGGUAUAAGUAGCUGCAUUUUAGUUAGGAUUAGAGCAAUUGUUUAUCGUUUUUUAUUAACUGCAUUUACGUUUGGCACCUGUUCGUUUGGCUUUGCUUUAGACAAAUGUAUCUACAAAUUCCUCAAGUAUUUCAUAUCUCAGAACAUACCAAAAAAAAAAGAAAAAAGGAAAGAAAAACCACAAGCAAGAGGGCGUGCCCUGAAUUUUUGUUUUAGAAAAUUCAUUAAGAUGUCGAGCAAGCGCAAAACAGUAACAAAAAAAUAAUAAUAUAUAUAACGAUUGCCAGGUCUUUGGCUAGGGGGAAAUUUGAUAAAAACGAUUAUACAAAAUGUUUACUGUGUACAAUAUUUUUGUAACAACCAAUCGAAACAAUUGUGAGCAAUUCUUUCGUUCUUUUUGUAUAACUCCCCAAACCCCCCCUCCUUUUUGGCGCCCGUUUACAGUCGAACCCGAUACAGAACCGACACUUCAAACAAACUCAAUCUACAAUGCUAAGCGCGUUGAGACCCAGAGAUAAUGGCAUGCUCUAUAUAUACACUAUAUAUAUGUAUAAAUAUAUAUAUAUUUCGAUAUAUAUAUAUAUAGCCAAGUAUUGUUAGUUUGUAGUGGUUGCAUUUUAACAGAACAAAGCAGAACAGAACGAA